AUGACCAAGGGUUCGACUCUCGUGUCACCUCUCGUCUUCCAGUCCCAGAAGAUGGGUUCAUUCCGGAAGCCACGGCUUCGUUUCAUGAGCUCCCCAGUGUUGCCUGAUUUGCCCCGGUUCCUGGCAGCUCGGCAGUCUCUACAGCUCAACUCUGACUCUGCAUGGGACAGUGUCCAAACAGCCGUGAUCAAUGUGUUCAAGGGGGGAGGCUUGCAAAACAACGAACUCUACACCCUCAAUGAAAACGUCCGGCAACUGCUGAAGAGUGAACUUGGAUCCUUUGUCAAAGACUAUUUCCAGAACCAGAUCCUUGCAAAGGGCUUGCUGCUCAUAGAGGAGAAGGUUAAGCUUUGCGAAGGAGAGAAUCGCAUCCAUGCACUAUCUGAAAACUGGGAUCACUUCUUCACUGAGACUCUUCCUACACUUCAGGCUAUAUUUUAUCCUGUUCAGGGCCAAGAAUUGACUAUUCGCCAGAUUGCCCUUCUUGGCUUCCGAGACUUGGUCUUAUUAAGAGUGGAGUUGGGUGAGAUUCUACCUCGGGUCCAAACCCAAGUUCCACCUUCCAUUGUCCAGAUGCUGCUGAUUUUACAGGGAGUCCAUGAACCUACAGGCCCCAGUAAUGCCUCCAUGCAGUUGGAAGGGCUUGUUAAACAGGUGGUGUCCCCAUACCUUGGAUUGUGUGACGAAGGACACUGCUUCCCCGACAGCAGCUAUGCACUCGCACAGCUUCCUAAGAUCCCCAUCUGAUCACUGAACUGGCUGGUGU